CGCACACCGUACAUACAGCCAUGAGAACAGCGAAUGUUCCGAGAGGAGAAAAAUAAAGACAGGUGUGUCGCGCCGAAUGAGAGUAAGCCCCAUUCCGUUGACGAGCAGCAAGGUGCCCGCAAUCGCAUAACUAUGUCUAUGAGCAACGCAUCGCCCGACCACAAGCCACGCACCCGAGCAACCGACGUGCUCAUAUCUUCGCACCUCGGCGCCGUCACCGAGCACACGACCGCAAGUCGCGCGGCAGACGGGAGAGAGCUAGCAGGGGUGCUCACCAGGCAAGCAGCCCGCGCAAAGCCUUUCCCUCCGUCCUCGUCCGGUCCCGCCGUGCUUGGGGGCGGCCGCUUUCCACCAGUUGAACGAGGGUUGAGUCUGCAUCUCCGGGGACUUUCCCCACAGCUGGAAGAAGAGAGCGCGAGGCUCCCUGUGCGUGAGCUGCGACGGCGAUUCUUCAGACGGCGCGACGGUGAAAAGAAAGAAAAUGCGCGAGAAAUUCGGGGGUCUAUGCGCGUCUUCGAUCUCCGCUCAAAUCUCGGCAGCGGGGUGGCGGUGGCGUACGCUCGACC